AAAGUCCCAUAUAUAGUGAAAGUUUAUCUUCCCCUUCUCAGCUCCUAUAUAUAUGUGCAUAAAUUUAUACACAGAAGAAGUGUAAUACAUCCAUUCUUUCACUCACCUUCUCAUAGAAAACCCACGUUUCUGUUUUCAUUUUCUUUGUUUAAUUAGAAGAAGUAUUCGAAGUUGUACAAGUCAAAUUUCACUUCCAAUCAAUGGAAGCAAAAGGAACGGAAGGAAAAAAACCUUAUUUAGUUGUGAUUCUCAUACAAGUAAUCUAUGCUGGAAUGGUGUUGUUCAUGAAGGCCGCCUUCAAUGGCGGAAUGAACACCUUCAUCUUUGUUUUCUAUAGACAGGCUGCUGCUACUAUCAUCAUAACCCCUCUUGCUGUGUUCUUUGAAUGGAAAAGUGCACCACCAAUGACAUUUUUAACCUUCAUCAAGAUGUUCUUUCUCUCCUUUUUUGGGAUUGCUUUGAGCUUGGAUAUAUGUGGAGUUGCACUUGAUUAUACCUCCGCAACUCUUGUUGCUGCAACUACGAAUUCUCUUCCUGUCAUUACUUUCAUAUUGGCAGUUUUGCUCAGUAUGGAAGUGUUGAGGUUGAGAACAGCCCCGGGAAUAGCAAAGGUAAUAGGUAUGUUAUUCUGCAUAGCAGGAGUAGUGAACCUGGCAUUUGUGAAGGGUCCCCAUUUCAAAAUCCCAUUGCAUCUUAAUCUUUUUGGUCACCAUGACAUCCAACAACACCACGUUGGUUCUAGCAGAACUUGGGUUAAAGGUUGCUUCCUCAUGCUCCUUUCCAACACCUUAUGGGGCUUCUGGCUUGUAGUGCAGGGACAAGUCACGAAAAACUAUCCUCCAAAGCUUCUGUUUACAGCUUUUCAAUGCCUUUUCAGCUCCGUUCAGACGUUUGCCAUUGCCAUUGCUUUGGAAAGAGACCUUUCUCAAUGGAAGCUUGGAUGGAAUCUCAGACUACUUGCAGUAGCUUACUGUGGAUUUGUCGUUAGUGGGGUCACAUACUACUUACAAACAUGGGUUAUUGAGAAGAAGGGACCUGUUUUUCUCUCCAUGUCUACACCAUUGUCUUUAAUCAUUACAAUGUUCUUUUCAGCAAUUUUCUUGGGGGAGAUCAUUAGUAUGGGAAGUCUCUUAGGUGGGUUACUUCUGGUUGGAGGACUUUACUGGGUAUUAUGGGCAAAGAGCAGAGAGGAACAAAUAAAUAAAAGGAGCUCUGAUGUAGUUGAAGUUCAGAAAGAUGGUUCGGAAUUGAAAGAAAUAGUGACAACCAAUAGUAGUCCAGCAUUGUUUGGUGUAGCAUAAUAUAUUAAAGGAAAAGGCUAAAUACGUUCUAAAAUUGCUUAUAAAUAUAUAUAUAUAUAUAUAUAUAUAUAUAUAUAUAUAUAUAUAUGUAUUAAUAUUUUACACUAAUGAUUUAUGUCUAUGGAAAAUCCUUAAUGCUCAAAAACGAAUGGCCAAUUCAUGUUCAAUUAGUUGUGUACUAGCUCUUUUGAUUAUUGAAAUUUGUUUCAGGUUA